AUGGCCAAAACACGUCAGCCGUUGAGCUUCGACGGAAAAUGGAUGGCGAUGGCAAAUUCCAAGGACGACGAAGUCAUCUCAGUAACCUACUCCGCGACUUACCGCAACGCGGCUGGCAAUCGAGUGCAUUUAAGCGACAUCGACUUCAAUACCAUCAGCCCGGAGAUUGCCGAGAAAGGCGACCGAGACGGGCUAACAACUACCAACCUCACUCGCACCGCAUUUAAAGUUUGGGAGCAACUUGGCCUCGGGAUACCCUCAUGGGAUGAGGUCAAGGACAUCGAUAGCAACAAAGUAUCCCAUGCGACGAAGACCGAUCGUUCCGACCGCCCGGAUCUCAAGCGACGACGCAACGCCAACGAGAUCAUCGAUCUGCAGGCCAGCGAUAAGAAGCAGCGCAUGAACACCGCUUUCACCCAUUUGAGCGCCGAAAACAAAGCCGCAGCCCAAUCUGCCUUUCGAGACAUAUAUACGCCAAUGACGAGACAGCAAAUCGCCGACUUCCAGCAUAUGGCAGCCGAAGAGCACAAGUACGGCGAAGCCCCCACUCUCGCAACCAUCAAUGACGCUCGGCAGUGGGCUGGAGUCACCAAUACUGAUCCGCACGAGGCACCCGCGUUCGACUAUCACAGGCUAGCCGGAAGCCGGUUUACCGAGACACAGGAGGGAGGUGUUGAGGAAGACGCGAUGAUCAAGGAGCAGGAACUUGAGAUGGUUGAGAGCAAGGUGGAUGUCGGCGAAGAGGUCGGUGGCGAGAGUAGUGGAGAAGACAACGGACAGGCGGACGAUGAGGGUGGAGGAGAAGAUGAUGAUGACGGGCUCGUGACUGUAAAUUGGGGAUUUGGGGAGCGUCGAGUGCCAAAGGUGGAUGCGUACAUCGAGGAGAUAGGCCCUGAAUUCUGGUUCCAUGCUCUGGAUGUUCUUGGUGACCGCCUGCACGAGUUACUGGAGCAAUGA